AUGGAGAGAUCGUGCAGUGGACCAUAUGGAUUCGGGCAACAACAACAGCCACAACAAAUUCCCGCUCCGUAUGAUCCGCAAUCACCGUCCACUUCCCACGGACCACCGCUAAACAUUCCGUAUCCAUAUUAUCCUGGUGCUUUAUGUGAUCCACAGAUGUCAUCCAAUUAUCCGGUGCCAAGAUUGCAAUAUCCAGCACCACCACCAAGAAAUCCCGUAAAAUGUGAACCGCAACAACCAUCACCGCAUCCAAAUCCGUUUGGAGAUGGUUUAUUGGCAGCAGGUGUUGAUAGCAGGAAAAUGAUAAAUACUCGAGCCUGGAUGAAUGAUCAUCGGUUCAUGAAUUAUGCUCAGGGCCAGUACAGGCCAAGCUCAGCGCCGUCGUCUGUGAUCUCUCAUUUAAGCAAUAUCAGUGGAACCACAGAAGAUAUGAGCUUAUUGAGUAUCAACACACAACUCACCGAAAUAAGACAACUAGCUGACCUGUUUCAGCGAGCUCAGCAGCAGCAGCAGCAGCAACAACAACAACAGCAGCAUCCGUCGACACCCUCAUCAUCCUCAUCAUGCGUUGAAAACGUACAUCCGGCUCAAACCAAAUUUGUUGAAACGCUUAACAAGUAUAUCGACAAAAUUACGACUAACAUCAAUCACACUGAUAAGAAUGUUGCGCAGCAAAUGGUCAGCGCAAUAUUCGCGAUGGCAACAAGGAAUGAUUUCGAGCGAGCUAAUACCGAGAAACUGGAAAAAAUGAUGAAAACUGUGAUACACAGGUGGCUACGACAGAAUGAUACUGAAGAUGAGGUAAGUCUUUUUUUCCACAUCUUAAAAUCCUUUGAAUGCCUGGAUUACUGUUUGAAAUGGAUGACACAUUAUCCGGAUGAGUUGCUCGAAACAUUCGUUCGCUGGAUGGUUGAUAUUUUUGCAUCCACAACUAUUAGCCGCGAAAAUGUUAAAUUUUCAAAGUUUUCGGUUAAGCUUACUUUUUUUCAGAUUCUUUCUCGGACGGUUGCUGUGAUGAAAGAAAUUGACAAUCACGGUGAUCAGUACUUUAUGAAAACAUACAAGUCCAAGCAAUAUGUAUUUGAUCUUGCUCGACGGGUUUACAACGGUAUCGAUAUGUGGAGGCAUACUUUUGAAUCGAAAGGUGGUAUUCAGCUUUUGCUUGGUUUACUGAAGAAGGAGUCCAAUGAAUCAGUGGUGUACAGGAUCGUCCGAGCAGUUUUUGCAAUGAUCUGUUCCACGGAUUCUUCUUUUGCUACGAAAUUUGUCAGGUCUGAUGGUGUUAGGACGAUAUCAUAUCUUUUGGCAAAUCCAAAUUGUUCCGAACGGGUGGCAUUAGAUGUAAUGUUGUGUCUACGGGUAGUUAGCGAUGUGGAUGAAGUCCGGAAUGCCGAUAUGCGUGAGACAAUUAGCCGAUCAUUAAGCAUGAUGGGUACUUUUCGGAAUAACCCAUUUUUCUUGACUGUUGGUUUCGAUUUUCUUGGCAAUAUAUCAGCCAGCUGUGAUGGAAGUACAAAUCCUAACAAGGAUUUCAUUGCGGACUGUGGCAUUAUUGAAGGUAUAAUCAAUCUGUUAUCCACAUAUCACAAGAGACGGGAUGAAGUGGUGGUCAAAAAUUUAAUCUCAUCAUUGCUAUUCUCGUUGCAUCUAAUUUCAACAGAAGGAGCUCCUGCUUUGUUGCUUUACGAACUUGCUCAUGCUGUGGAUCUUAAAGCUCGUAUACACAUUAUAAAUCUAUUCUUACGGGUAGUGGACGCUGAUCAACUCAAUCAUCCUCCAAUAUUGCUUAGUAUCAAUGUUGAUAAUAAUUCCUUAACCGAAGUCCUGUUCGAAAUUAUAGCUACUACUGCUAAUACUGUCGAGGGUAAUGGUAAAACGAAUCCACAGAAGAAAUGUGUCAUUCAGAAAGCUUACAACUUAUUAGUUUCCUUGGCGAACUGUAACACAAACUUUGGUAAUGCAAUUCGAUACGCAUGCAGCAGUUUUCAAGCUUGGGAUUUGCUUCUGGGUUGUGAAGAAGUGGAGAUAGUGAAGAACACGAUUGAUUUCUUGAUGUUUGCCAUCAAGGAUGAAGCCGUUCGUGAGCAACUUGCUAAAGACUGCACACUAGUGGAGGCUGUACGCGCUUUAACAACACAAGUAAAUGAUCACAGUAAGUUUUUCUGUUGUUCAGCGGCGCAGUUUUUGCUCUUCCAUUUGACUACCGAAUCGGAGCCGAUGGUUUCUUUUCCAAUUCUGUGA